CACUACACAACACUGUUCAUCACUUCUCUUUCAUUCAUCCCUUCUUUUCCUUUUCACGUCCCAUCUAUCCACUCUCUCUCUCUCUCCCCUUCGUUCUUUUCCUUUCUCUUCUUUUCUUCCUUUCUUCUCAUCAAAACAAAACAACUCUAUCAGAAAUCACUAACACCCACCCCUUUCAAUUUCCCUUUCCUUCUCUCAAAUAAACACUUGAUCGAUCGAACCUGCCAUGGACUCUGCACCGGGGGAACCACCUCCACUGGUAACUGCCGACACACUCCUCCUCCUCCUCCUGCGCCACCGAGCCGCUACGAAUCGCAGAAGCGUCGUGACUGGAACACGUUCCUGCAGUACCUUCGGAACCACAAGCCGCCAUUGACGCUUGCACGGUGCAGCGGCGCACACGUCAUCGAGUUCCUCAAGUAUCUCGACCAGUUCGGGAAGACCAAGGUGCACGUCACCGGGUGCCCUUACUUCGGACACCCGAAUCCUCCUUCGCCCUGCACCUGCCCCUUGAAGCAGGCAUGGGGCAGCUUAGACGCUCUUAUAGGACGUCUAAGGGCAGCCUACGAAGAAAACGGAGGACGGCCCGAGUCCAACCCGUUUGGUGCUCGGGCCGUCCGGAUUUACCUUAGGGAAGUUAGAGAAGGACAGGCUAAGGCUAGAGGGAUUCCUUAUGAAAAGAAGAAGCGCAAGAGAAGUACUACCGUUUCAGCCACCACUGUAAUUAGUGAUGGCGGAGAAAUCAGCACUUCUCUUGCUAAUGUCUCCACGGUCGUCACCAGGGAAAGUGACGGUGGUGGUGGUCAUGGUGUUAUUAAUGUUAGUGUAGCUUCUACUAGUGCUACUAAUACUACACCUAGUGUUGUUGCUACUGCUACUACAGUAUAGUUUUUUUUCCUCCUUAAAUCGAAUUUUCUUACUUCCUUUUUUUAUUUUCCUUCUUCUAAUUUUGUAUAACCACUACUAUUAUUAUUAUAUAUUUAUUAGUAAGGAAAUUAGUUUUGAAUUA